CCCAGGAUCACUUGUUGAAUGUACUUCUCUUGAUUCGUCUUGAAUUCGUCUUCCGGCACGUCUCACAUUGAGACGCGGUGACGCGAAUUUUUAACUUUUUUUUCUGUUAUUACUCUUUUUUUACCGCAACUUUUGUGUUUUUUAUCAAGUUUUUUUUAUUUAAUCGAAGAAAAUGUGUUUUGUGCUGUUAAUAUUGUGAUUUAGAAUUGUGUGUUUCUUUCAAUGGAUUAACGUUUGUGUGUACCGAUAUUCUUAUCCUGCGAUCAUUUGGAUAUACUUCGUUUUGUUUACUUUCCUUAUCGACAAGGAAAAUCAUGGAGUUCCUAACAAGCAGCUUUAUUUACUGGGAUGGAGAUACCGAAGUACUUUAACACUGGAACUUCAGAGUCUCGGAAUUUCACUAACGUCAACAGUGACAGAAAUAGUGAAAAAGGGGUGCGUAUUCUCUCGGUGGAUAGGGUCACAGUGGAAAAGAUUGUAUUAGAAACUUGUAAAAGUCGCAAAAUACUCCUGACAAAAAGCGAAAGUUCACGUAUCGUUUCCGAGCAAAAUAAUAAUUUUUCACAAUGCAAUAAUCCUGACCCUAAGAAUUUUCUUCGAUUAAAAGCAAAUUCCAAGACAAAUUCGCGAGUCUUUGAAAAGAAUGUCAAGGCAUACAAAAAUUCGUCGAAAGUUCCAAUUUUAUCGAUUCGCAACAACAGUAUUCCGUUAACGAGUAAAAUAAGAAUUCGUCCAGUUCGAUUGACAAAGACUUCCAUUAAUGAUAGUAAUUUAACAUUUAAAGAAAACCCACGAUCUCUGACUUGUAAUAAAUAUAAAGUUCCACUAAAGUUACCACUAAAAUUCGUUAACGAAAAAGAGAAUUUUAUAUCAAAUAAUAAAUGUGAUUUAGAAAAUUUAUUGAAAGAAGAAACAACGUCGAAUAAAGUAUUAUCAGUUCAGUGUGAUCGAAAAGUCGAUUUAAAGCAUAAUAAAGAUAGAAAGUCUCCCGAGGAUAUUGAAGAUAAGAACAAAAAUAUAGAAGCCUAUUAUCGUCUCGCGAAGUGCCAAUACGAAAUUGAACAACUUCAAAAAGUUUUAGGGACUAAAAUCAAUGUUGACACGGUUCAGAUUUACAAGGAACGACUUCCUACAUUUGACGUCGAGUCGGUGAAAAUUUUACCCAUCAUUGACGACUAUUCCAGGAAAAAAGGAACUGAAAAACAAUUUGAUAAAACUUUUCUAAAUAAACUAAAACUUUCUACAAAACUUCAAAUUGAGGAAAACAGUUUAUUGAAAACUAAUCUUGAUCAGGCCAUAGAACCAGAAACGGAUAGAGUCUUCGAUACUGCUGAAAAGCAAAAAUACGACGAACAAGUAGGACAACUUGAAAAGAAGUGUCACAAAGAUUUAUUGAAAGAUAAUUUAGAGCUAAAUUCGCCCGAUUCUUUAGUCGAACAGUUGAGCAGUAUAUCCUCCAGUGAAUAUAUAACUAAAAAUAAUACAGAAGAUGAAAUUUUAACAUUAAAGUUACUGAAAGAAUUACCGAAAUUAGAAGAAGAUGAAUUUACCACAUCAGAUAUUAAAUUAGAGGAUUUGAAAAGUAAUUUGAAUAAAGGUGAAGAUUACGGUAAUUUAAUACUCUUCGAUAUGGAGCCGUGUUCUUCGAAAUCGCCCAAGGAUGAGAAGAAAAAGAAAGGGAUACGACGUCUACUGCCGGGGAUUUUUUCCCCAAAGGAAUCGCGAAAAACUCCCAAGAAGGACGUGCGAGAAAGGAAGCGACGAGACGACAAACAUUUGCCUCAAUAUCAACAGAAUGGUAACUAUUCCAAAUCAAUAGACUCCAUGAAAUUGAAUGAAGACAUAAGAAGGAACGUGACGUCAGAUCCUAACAUGAUCGACGACAGAAUACACGAUAUGAAACAAAAUAUAUUUCCUCUUCAAGGAAUAAUUACAAGCACACCGGAUCACUUUCUGCAAAGCGAGUCAAAUUACUCUCAAACACGACACGCUCCAAGACAUUACGAUGCUGAUAAUACUUCAUAUAACUUUGUUUCACCCGAAACUGAAUGGAUUGAGCAAAACAUAAUAAGUGGUUCACCCGAUAUGAGGCAAUUGAAAAAUUCAAGACAAAUUGAGUCCGACCGACAUUGUAGUUUAGAAAGAAAGCACAGUUUUCAAGAACCAGUUCAGUCUUGCUUCAUUAGAAAUCACGGACAAUCGGGGCGAAUAUCAGCACCACCCUCCGGAAGGUAUGUCCUUCGAUCGAGAAUAGUUCACCCAAUGGACCGACCACUGCCAGCCAUUCCACAGAGAGUACAAUUCGUCAAUGAGAACCAACAAGAAAUUCGUAAUUAUCCUCGAGUCAAUCAAGAGCACGUCCUGCAAGACGCCAAUUAUCGUGAGAAUAGAUCUGAAUUUUAUGACACUGACAGUAUUAAACGUAUGGAAAUCCAUAGAAAUCAAUUCAUCGAUACGAAUAUUAAUCAAAAUCAAAGUACCGUUCAGGUGCAUCAAUCCCGACAAAUAUAUUCCGAUGAAAAAUUGAGUCUUCGUGCACCGAAAUAUUCCCCGAGUUUUAGUCAAAAAUCCGGCGAUUAUGCCGACUCAUCCUACACUCCGAAUUCGAGCCAAAAGAGCGGAUUUUCUCCAACCAGUUCAAAAAGCGGUGAAUAUUAUCUAAAUUCACCCCACGCGAGUAGUCCCACAUCCCCCUCGAACAGUUCAGGCGAUAAAGGCGAACCUGACCUACAAACGUCUCCGCAUUCCGAAUCCUUUUCCAGAUCUCAUAACGAAGAAGUCCUGUACGAUGAUAAUCGAAAAGCAAGAAGAGAACCGAAACCAAUUUCGCCCAGGGGCAAUCAGGAAAUUCCCCCACCAUCAAAAAGUAGUCCCAAUAUUCCAGUUUUUAGUAGUUUUAUCAAAGCACACGCUAAUAUUGAGACUAUUUCCAAAGACGAAAGUUUCAACGAUAAAGAAGUUAGGGAAUUAACAAACAAAAAGGUAGAGAAUUUCGAAGAUAUUAAAGGCAAGGAAAAAAGCGAGGAUCUUGGACCGAAGGAGAACUACGAAAAUAUCGAAGUUCAUGAGAAUUAUUUCGUGGAACUCAGGAAGAAGGAGAAGAAUUUCGAAGACUAUUCUAUGGAGAAGGAAAAUUUGGAGGUUCUGCCCCCUAAUAGAGCUUCACCUCCGGAACGAACUAAAAGAGUCACGUCUCCUUUGAUGAUUAUUCCACCAAUCAGUCCCAUUUUAACCCUCAACAAUGUUUCGCCAUCCAGUAAUUCGCAGGGUAUUCUCAAAGAGACGAACCAACAGAAAGCAAUGUCACCCCUACCAUAUCAGGAGCAAGUGAAAAUGAAAGUUCUCGAACCAAUUAAAGUUAUGAAUCAAAAUUUAGUAACUCCACGAAAGGCGCAACCGUGCGAUCAAAUACUCAUAGCUUCACCCAAACGUGACAUAAUUUAUGACUCUCCGAAAAGUCACUCGAUUAUAAAAUCAGAACUCGUGUGUCCCGAUUCACCCAUUCCAAUUGUUGAUUCCCCGAGUCAAGCGCUCAAUACGCAAUCACUAAAACAUAUUGUUGCCGAGAGAGCCUGCUUCAGAUCACCCAACGAUCAACAAACAAUUAUCGAAACACAUAAAACUCCCGAGAAAAAUAAAGAAGCAAGCGACGAUAACAGACAAGACAUACAAAAUAUUUCUCUAAAUAUCCCUCACAGUGAAUCAUCGAAACAUUCAAUUUAUCAGAGAUCACCCAUACAGCGGAAUGUACAAACAUUAAAUUCCUCUGAGUCAUCGAGUGCUAAAAAUAACGAAAGAUAUACAGUGGCCACGUCCGAGCCUCUGUAUUCGGAAUCGAGAAUUGCUCACAAUCAACCAAUUAAUAUCAAUUCUCCGAAGAUGCAAUCCACUAAAGAAGAUAUUAAUGGCGAGAAUAAAAAUCAAGCAAUUCCUAUUUACGAUUCUCAGCAACAAAAAACAUUGUCACCAUCAAAGAAGCAAACGAUGCACAAUUUAGAAACCUACUUCUGGCAGCAAAAAGCACUCGACGCACAGAGAAAGAAUGUCAAUUCCUCCCCGACAGUAAUAAAGCAUCAACCGCAAAUUCAUCAGGAUGCUCCUGAAAUACGCGACGCCAUGUAUUGGCAAAAAUUAAAAAAGUUGGACGAGGAACAACAGCGCAGGUUCUACGAGCAAAAUCAAAAAGACGAGAGGAAUGACCCGAUUUAUUGGAAGAAGAAGUUACAAACUUCGCCGACGAGGAAAGUUCACGGCUCAGCACCCAGCUUGUUUCAUCAAACUUGUUCGGUACCAGUUCAAGAGGGUAUUUACUGGGAAAAUAAGGGUCAGCGUGCAAGUGACAAUGUCGUCGUUGGAAAGCCACCAAUAAUGGGUCAAAAGGUACAAAAUCAACCCGUUUUAGUGGUUCGACCCCAACCAGUCGCACAGGAGCGUUCGCCGAAAAAUGUCACAAAAAUCGUCACCAUCCCAACAGUCGAACAAGAACAACAAGUGAAUCGAUGUCAAAGUGCAUCACCCCGUUUUCUUAUCAACGAGGACUUUAGAAAUGUCCCCCUAACGAAAAGUCCAUCUACCCUCGAGACAAGCGAUAAAGGAUUUUCUCGAGUCGCCAAGGAAAAGGGAAAUCCGUCUCUCGUUCGUAAGCCACAAACACCGCCAAUCUACGAGGAGGAAAUCGAUAUUGACAAAAGACCACCGCCGCCUAUUUUUAAAAGAGGAAGUUUAAUCAGCAAUUCAAAUAGUUCAAUUGAAUAUGGAACAAUGGGUCCCAAACGUGUUAGCUUCUCGAAUCAGGCCAAUUGUCCUACUAUUGGGAAUUAUGGAAAAUGGCCGACGAAGCAUGGAAUGGCACCGGAACCACCGACGAGAAGAAACAAAGAUAAUGAAACACGAGUGCCACAACAACAACAACAACAACAACAGCAGCAGCAGUUACAACAAGAUGCGGUGAAAAUUUACGGCAAUGUGGGACAACCUCCUUCUUUGGAUAUUUAUGCCGGUCAUCCGAGUAAUAUUCCAGUGUAUCAAAAGAGUCCGAAAGUGGGUAAUUUUAGGAACGCGGAGUGUGAAUACGAUGCUAAUAAGCCCUUGCCGCCGCCACCGAGAGACGCUUCGUGGUCGUUGAGACGCACCGCGAGUUUGAGGGAGACUUCCCGCUCGCCGAAUACGAAAAUCGAAUCUGCACAAUUAAAAAACGAUGUCACCAGGAAGUGGAGUGGGCUGAGCGAGAGCGAAAGUGGAAGCGAGGCGGGGGAGGUGCAGCGGAUACUUCAUCGACCUGAAGAAGAAUGGAAUCCAGAUGGUAAAGGACGCCAAGGAAAUGACAUUGGCGGAACCGGAAGAACGGAGGGUGAAGGUGCGAACGACCUCGGUAGAUGUGGAGGUGGCGGAGGUUUUGGGGGUGGGACCAGGGGCUCCAGUAUUUCCGGAAGUGGCGGUGGGGGUCGUUCGAGGGACGAGCCUCGAAGGCAUACCCUCAGCGGCGAUCAUCAACCAUCCUUACAUCACCAGUUCAACACUUCUCAACAAAUUCAUCCACUCCAUCCGCACCAUCUACCAACGGCUCAUAACCAAUACGGAACGCUAACUGGUCGACACACAAUGGAUCUUGAGAUGGGGACCAAAUCUCGACAGAGAAAGGCACCCUUGCCGCGAGGUUAUCCGCCACCAUCGACGGCGAUGUUGUUUGAUGAUGAUCCAGGUAUCAUGUCCGAGGUGGAGACAUCCAGUACCGGUUUCCGAAGGGGUGGAAAACAACGAAGCAGCUUGCCGGUUGUGCGAACUCCGAGUAAAACUUUGGAACGACCACUAGGACUGGUGUUCCUACAAUACAGAAGCGAAACAAAACGAGCUUUACUUCCCAACGAGAUUACAAGCAUAGAUACGGUGAAAGCUCUAUUUGUCAGGAGUUUCCCAAAACAACUCACCAUGGAAUAUUUAGAUAGUCCUCACGUUAAAGUUUAUAUUCACGACAGCAGCAAGGACAUGUUUUACGAACUUGAAGAUUUAAGAUCUCACUUGAGAGACAUCAGAGAUCGAAGUGUGCUACGAUUAUUUGAAAGUUCAGAUGGAAUGCCAGGCCCUCUUGGUCCUGCGGGUGGUGCUGGUCUUCCGCCUCAUUGGGAAGAUCAAAGUUACUUCAGCGAACCAGAAUUUGACAGCGAAUUUCAACAUCAGCACAUUCACAAAUCAAAGAAUGUGAAAAAUUCGUCGUCUGGCAAUUAUUAUAUUGGAGGUAGCAGUACACUACCACGGGGAGGUUCCCUUCUUCGAGCAUACAGUCCAGCACCGUCAUCAGUAGUUGGACCAAAUUCAACACCAACGCAGGCGAAAACUUUAACCACUCCAGGUGGUGGGGUGGCACCAGCCAAGCCGCUUCGAAGCUACCAGGGUGGCAAGAGUCCCCUUGGCAGUCUAGGGGGCUCAUCUCGUUUCUCGAGAGACAGCUCGGUGUCCCUCUAUAGUAUACCAGAUCGAAUUCAUGGCGAAGGUGGUUACAUGAGUAGUCCGGAGAGAGGAAGUGCAACUGGACCAGGAAGAUAUCCUCCGGUACCGUACAGCGGUGCCAGCAGCUAUGAAGAUCCGUAUUAUUCGCAGUAUUCUGGAACGGUGACGCCUGUCAUUGAUGAGGAGGCUAGUGAUACGGAACUGUUGGAGGAAUCAUACUCUCUUUACGGUGUGAAACCGUCAGGUCGUCCACCAUCUGGACCCCUCGCUCGUUCCCCAUUUCCUCCAGGAGCGCCCACUCUACCCCCUGUUGGGCCCCGGGAUGAUGUCACUCGAUUGAGGGUGGAGAACAUGGAACGACAGCUUGCUAAUUUAACUGGGAUUGUGCAAAAGGCUUUAAUACAUCCUCAACAUACCAGUCCUUCCCCGAGGGAUUAUUUGCAAAUUCCCGCUGGACGCGAACCGUACACGAGAACACAAGAUGACUCUUACUUAAGGACUGACGCUAAGCCACCGAAAUUAGGGAAAGACAAGUCGGUGUCGUUCGAGAAGUCCGUGUCCUUCAGCGACGAGCCACCAGAUAUGAAUUCUCCAAAGCAGCAUUCACCUCAGCAUGCAGCGGAUACAAAGCCUACGAAACCGGCUAUCAAAUCCUCAACACUACCGAGAAUGUCUUCGCAAGAGAGGGAACGAGAGAGGCACAAACCGACACCACCACCGAAACCAGUUGCACUAACGACGGGACAAUAUGUGUAUGGAGAUUUAACCCUGGCACCGGAAAUGUACAAUCAACUCAGAGUUUUACAAAAGAAGGCAAAGGAUCUCAACCAAGAAAAAAGAAGUUUACGACGCAUGGCUCAAUCUCAAUCGCACACCGUUCGAGAAAGUAUUCGAGAUGCCUACAUUACGAUUAGAGCAAUGCUAAUGUCUCUGGGAGAAAGUGCAUGGGCUGCUGGAGACACAGAAAAGCUCAGGCUAAGUCGAGAAGAGGAUCUCUACAAACAGGAAAUGUUGUGGUUAGAAAAAGAUCUCACCGGCCUUGAAAGCACCGUGGAAGAACUUCGAGGCAACGUCAUCAAUAGAAAAACUCGAGUGAACAUGUCGGAUGUUGAAAACAUGGCUCUGAUUCUCAACAAAGCAAGCAAAACGGUUGCCGAUCUCAAGGUGCGAUUCCCGAGUCUCCAGGAAGGUAUGAAGGGUCUUUUGAGUUCUGAGAUGGAAAAAGUAAUACGAGAAGAAAAAUUCCUUAAGGAGGAGCCUGACCGAUUAGAAUCAGUAUUAAAACGUUGCAAAAAGUUGACUGGUACUCUCGUCACUCUCAAACGCUUAGCAUCGGUGCAAGAGCAGCGAUUACCAAAUGCAGGAAGCGUUGACGUAGAGGAGACGCCACCAAUAACACCAACAUCGACGCAGCACUCUAAGACAACUGCCCCAGUGCCAGCGGAACGCACUCUUGUGGGGUCAGCGAGCGUCCUUGGGGGAGGGCCCCACGUUGCCGACUCAUCCGCCCCCAAUCAGCAGCGUCCGGAGAACGCACUCGACGCUCUGCUAGAUGAGCUGCAGACCUUCUCGCGACCUGCCUCGCAACUAAGUCAGGCCUCAAACAGCAGUCACCCGCCGACCCUGGCCGACUUAGGAAGGUCGGCCAGCCACAUCAUCCAAACGAGUCGCGCUCCAAACAUGUCCGACAUCGGCCGCAAAGGCAGCAUCGACUCAACCACGAACCUCGCCAUCCUCACGCCCGGAUCGAACAACACUCUCCGCCGACUGCACUCCUAUCCCUCCAGCUCCGACACCGACACGUCGCCGCCGAUCGCCCGACUCCAGGUCUCCGACGGCGGCGCCCCGCCCCAGAAGCCGCCCGUGCCCGAGAGGAACGCCGAGUUGCUCCAGAUCGCCACCGCCAGGCGAGUGCCGCCGCCGCCGCCCCCGAGGACCAGCUCCCGGUCGCCCCUCGCCAGCCCCACGAGUCCCCAGCUGCCGCCCAGGAACCCCACCACGGGCGGCACUCUGCGCCGCGCGAGGAACAACGGCAAGCCGCCCAUGGCCCUGCCCUCCAACGCCAACGCCAACUCCGACGAGCAGCAGCCGCCGGCCAACAACAUCGUCUCCACCAGCAACUCCAGCUCCUGCGAGAGCGUCAACUCCCAGGAGGGCAUUCAGAACAAGAAGGGCAGGCACGAGCAGCUCGAGCAGCGGCACCAGGAACUCUUGCGGCGGCAGAAGGUCCUGCAGGAGCAGUACACGAGGCUGCAGCAAUUCCAGAACGCACCGCCGGCGCCUUCUGAUCUGCUCAAGAAGACCGGAUCCGAGAGCAAUUUACUCGCGAAAAUGGGCCUUGGAAUGAGCACCACCACCUCUGGCUCGCUCACCAGUCUGCUCGCCACCAAAGCCAACUCCGAGCCGAAUUCCAAUAAUAUUCAGAACAACACUGGCAAUCAAACCACCACGAAUAAAAUUUACGAAACUGAUAUUCUGUGACCGGAAAAAUUUCUGGUGACGAAGUUCCACUCUGGACUGAGUUUUCGACUCUGGGGAAUUUUCCAAAUUGUUUCUCAAUUCAUCAUUUUUCAAAACAUUUCUCGAUUCAAUUGUCAGAUAAUUAUUUUUUGAUUCAGUUUGCAGGUCGCACCGAAAUAGAAAUUUUCGAUUCAGUUUGCAGUUCGUACCGAAAAGGGAAUUUUUUCCCUUUUCGAAAAGUGUUUUUGGAACCAAGGAACCAGUUUGGAAGAAUUUUUGAAAUACGUCUUCGAGAAUUUUUACACUUGCAGCAAAUUUUGAAACGGAUUUCUAAUUAUUUUCCCAUGGGAGUUUCUUCGGAACAAGUCGAAAGAGAUUUUUGAAGCCGGGGACAAUUUUCAAACUCUCAACAAAAAAACAAUUCUAGAAAACCAAAAAACUAAAAAGAACUUCUAGAAAACUGCUACCAAAGAAGAGAAAUUUUUGAACCGAAGAAUAUUUUUUGCAAGAGAAAAUUGAAUGAAACGAGAAAAUAUUUCCAAACUGAAGAAGAACAAGAGAAAUUUUUGAACUGAAGAAUAUUUUUUUCCAAACAAAAUUGAAAGAAACGAAAAAUAUUUCCAAAUUUGAAGGAAAAUGAAAAACUGAACUGAAAUAAGAAACUAAAGAGAAAGUUUUGAACCGAAGAAUAUUUUUUUUCAAACAAAAUUGAAAGAAUUGAAAAAUAUUUCCAAAUUUGAAGGAAAAUGAGAAACUGAACUGAAAUGAGAGAAUUUAGAACUGAAGAUUAUUUUUUCCAAACAAAAUUAAAUGAAUCGAGAAAUAUUUCCAAACUGAAGAAGAGAAGUUUUUGAACCGAAGAAUAUUUUUUUCUAAACAAAAAUGAAAAAAUCGAAAAAUAUUUCCAAAUUUGAAGGAAAAUGAGAAAUUGAACUGAAAUAAGAAAUUUUCGAACCGAAGAAUAUUUUUUUUCAAAAAAAAUUGAAAAAAUCGACAAAUAUUUCCAAUUUAAAGAAAAAUAAGAAGCUGAGCUAAAAUGAGAAACCAAAGGGAAAUUUUUGAACCGAAAAAUAUUUUUUUUCAAACUAAAUUGAAAGAAUCGAAAAAUAUUUCCAAAUGGAAAGAAAAAAUGAGAAACUGAACUGAAAUGAGAAACUGCAGAGAAAUUCAUGAACCGAAGAUUAAUUUUUCCCAACCAAAUUUGAAUCAAGAAAUAUCUCCAACACCAAGAGAAGAAUAAAAAAACCCAAAAGAAAAUAAAUUCCGAACUGAAAAAAAAAUUUGUUAAAGAAAAAAGAAGAAAAAAAAACCUUGUGCCCAGUUUUCAGCGAACAAAAAUUACCAAAUCCAAAGAAUUAAAACAAAAAAUUUCCACAGCGAGAAGUGUGUCAAUAUUUCAUCACCAAUCGCGAUUCGAAUCAACGUUACAAUAAGAAUAUCCUUUUUGAUAAAACCAAUCAUUCUUGGUUGUUCCGUUCAAGGCCAAAGUAAAUAGUAAAAAAACUUUUUUAUCGUGACUUCUUUCAAAUUGUAAUUUUCAAACAUAUUUUCAAAUGUUUACAUUUAGAUAUAAAUAUAAAUAUAAAUAUAUUAUAUAUAUUGAGAUACCGAUCUUUUACUAGGGAAAAAAUGAUUUUUAAAAAGAAACUAUAGAUAAAAGAACAUUCAUCCGAAUUGGACUAUUAGCACACACACAGUAUUAAUAGUCAAAACAUUUUUUCGAGUGAUCUAUAGUCAAAAUUCACGACUGAUUCUUUAAACAAAAAAUUGUCGAAAUCGACUUAUCGAAAAGCAAAAAAAUUCAGUCGAACGAGUGAUUUACUAAUAGUCAAAAAAAGAAUUUUCGACUGAUCUAUUAAAAUUAGUAAAAAUGAAAAAAAUUAACGAGUGAUCUAUUUAUUAAUUGUGUUUCACGACGCAAGUUGCGAUAAAAUUUAUUGGAAAUCUUGUGUGGUUUGUACCUUCCGGGAAAACUACAAAUUCAGCUAAUUAUCAAGUAUUGCUAUAAUAUCGAUUAAACAAAAAAAAAAUAAUAAUAAUACAAGAAAAAAAAAUGCGUCUAGCGAGGAGCGAAGUUGAGCGACGAGCUAUUGGCAACAACGCG